CUCUUUUCCCCCAUCCCCUCCAUUCCAAGUCUAAAUAUCUACUUGGCCCACGUACCUGCACCAUUCGCAAAGUCUUUCCAUGGCAAUGGCUCCCCAAUGCUUUGUGCUAAAGUUGAUAGUCUUGGGUGUUUGGGUCUCUGGAGCCACAGCUCGUGGCAUUGCUGACGUGCCCAUGUCGACAAGGCACGAGCAGUGGAUGGCUCAGUAUGGGCGAGUCUACAAGGAUGCAGUAGAGAAAGAGAGACGAUUCCAAAUCUUCAAGGACAACUCCAACUACAUCGAGUCUGUAAAUAGAGCUGGCAAUCGCAAGUAUAAGCUCGGUCUCAACCAGUUUGCCGACAUGACCAAUGAGGAGUUCAAGGCCUCUCACCUUGGAUUCAAGCCCAUGCGCCUUACAAAAUCCACGACAGGAAGCUUUCAAUAUGCCAACUUGACCGACGUGUCUGACAGCAUGGACUGGAGAACCAGAGGUGCAGUUACUCCCGUCAAGGAUCAAGGCUCAUGUGGAUGCUGUUGGGCAUUCUCUUCUAUAGCAGCCAUUGAAGGGAUUACUCAAAUCAACACUGGCAACUUGGUCUCUUUGUCGGAGCAACAACUUGUGGACUGUGACGUCAAGGAUGGAAACAAUGGAUGCAACGGAGGACUCAUGACACGUGCCUUCCAAUAUGUCAUUGAUAAUGGAGGGAUAACAACUGAAAAUAAUUAUCCUUACAUGGCAGCUGAUGGCACUUGCGACACCGACAGGGCAUCAUCAUCGGCAGCUACUAUCAGCGGCUAUGAGAAUGUGCCUGUAAAUGAUGAGUCCUCGCUCUUACAGGCAGUCUCGAACCAGCCUGUUUCAGUUGGCAUUGAUGGUGGUGGGCAAGACUUCCAGCACUACUCCAGUGGCAUCUUCACCGGCCCGUGUAAAACUAAUAUGGACCAUGCUGUGACUGCUAUUGGUUACGGGACAGCUGAAGAUGGGACCAAAUAUUGGCUGAUAAAGAAUUCAUGGGGUACAACUUGGGGUGAGAAAGGAUACAUGCGCAUCCAGCGUGACGUUGGUGCACCAGAAGGACUUUGUGGUAUUGCCAAGCUUGCUUCUUACCCAACAGCAUAAAUUUAACGGUCUUCAACCAUGGCAUCUUAUUAAUAACUUACAGAAUCUUUACCAAAACAAAAAAACAAAAAGAAAAAAGAGAGAGAGGAUAAUAUUUACAUCAUUUUAUUGUGUAAUAACUUUGAUGUGUUGGUGGUUUAUCAAGCAAAGUCAUCCAAUAAUGUUGAGACUAGCUCCUAUUUGUAGUUGUACUAUGAAGCUGCAGGCCUCGUGCUGUCAUUGAAUCUAAUAUAUUGGUUCGUUAUUAUAUUUGA